GGAAGGGAAGUCAGGUGUUACGUUAUUAGAGACUUUUUUUUGUGAUAUUCCGAACUACAAUUCUUUAAUUAAAUUAUAUCUUUUAUGGUUUCCAAGUUCUUUCAUGUGAAUAGUUAAACAGCCAAUAACGCUGUGACGAUGUGGUUCGAAGAAAUUGAAGAAAUAUUCAAGGGCUACUUGCCUUAUUACAUAUUAAUAUUUUUACCGAUUUUCAUCAUCGUUUCUCCUGUUAAUCCUGUAACGGGUUCGUCUGAAUUUCCUGUAUACAGAAUGCAACAGUAUGAUUUACACGGAAUCGCUCAUGGUUGUCGCAGUGCUGGGAUUAAUUUAGAGGCCAAGUCAUUGACGGGAUGGAGCACACCACGUCAUUGCAUUGUAGCAAAAUUAGGGGAUUUAACAGUAGAUAGCUUCAAAAACAUUAAGCUGAAGGCCGGGGCUCUUUUAAUAAUGCUACCAAAUAACUUGGAAAAUCUAUCUCCUGAAGACAAGCAGCACCUUUUGAUUCUCGAAAAUGCUAUGAUAGCCCAAGAAAUAUCAAUUCCAGUUUAUUUCUCUAAAUAUUCCCCUGAAUUGGAAACGAUCGUUAGAGACAUCGAUAUGAAUUUAGAUACUAACGAUAUGAGCAAAUCUGCUGCCGAGGGAAUUAUCAAUUCAAUCGCCGCUAACGGUUAUCAAAUAGUUGUUUCAUCGAGCUCCCCAAGUCUCAGAAACGAUGCUAAAAUAGCCACAAUUCACGGAUACAUUCCCGGAUAUAGUUCCGAUGGUAAAAUCCAAACAAUUGUUAUUGUGGCUCAUUAUGAUAGUUUCGGAGUUGCACCAGAAUUGUCUUUUGGAGCGGAUUCGAAUGGGUCAGGAGUAGUUAUACUUUUAGAGUUAAUCAGAUUGUUUUCUGGUCUCUAUGCAGAACAGAAAACUAGAGGUAAAUUUAAUUUGGUGUUCGCGUUGACCGGAGGUGGUAAAAUAAACUACCAAGGAAGUAAAAAAUGGCUCGAGGAUCAAUUAGAUUCCGUAGAUGGUAGUAUCAUACAGGAUGCCUCUUACGUCAUGUGUCUGGAUACACUAGCUGCGAACGAUUCGAUUUACAUGCACGUUUCCAAGCCCCCUAAAGAGGGUUCCCCAUCAUCCUUGUUCUAUAAAGAAUUAAAGGCAGCUGCUCAUAAUAUACAUCCUGCAGCUACUGUGGAAGGAGUACACAAAAAGAUUAAUUUAGCGGAUGAUAUACUCGGGUGGGAGCACGAAAGAUACAGCAUAAGGCGAUUACCGGCUUUCACUUUAUCUACGUUGAAAAGUCACAAGGAUUUCAGAAAGUACACGAUUUCUGAUACCCGAGGUAACUUGGACUCUGAUAGGUUGAUGAGAAAUACCAAAAUUAUUGCCGAGGCUUUGGCUAGGCAAAUUUAUGGUGUGCCGUCUGGUGAGAUUUUUGGAAAUUCUUGGAACAUCGAUAACAAACACAUUGCGGCGUGGAUUGAUUUUCUGGCUAAGCAGCCGAGAUCUCCGCAAAUAUUGAGUACAAAAGACAAUCUAUUAGUAGCUACCUUUAAAGAUACCUUCAAUAAAUUCCUACGGGACGUUAGAAUAACCAACGCUGUACCAGAUAAGAGAGAUCCAGAUUUUCAAUUUUACCAAUUAUCCAGCGGAACUGUUAAUGUGUAUAGUGUAAAACCAGCAGUGUUUGAUCUCGUCUUAACAAUAGGAAUUGUAAUCUACCUCUUAAUUCUCUAUUUGUUAAUUGAACGUAUUCCACUGUUGUACAAUUUAGCAUGUUCCUUUACCCUAAACGCAAAGAUGAAAGUGAACUAAACCUUUUCCAAAAAAAACGAGUAGUGAAUGUAGUUUUUUUAAUUUUUUUUCUACCUUUAGUUUUUACAUCGAAUAGUCUCAUCCUGUGAUUAUAAAAAGUAACACUUUCAAUAGUAUUUUAGUACAACUGUUUUCUCUUGCAAUAUUAAAUUGAUGUUAUUCCAUUGUUUAAUUUUUAUUACGAUUACUUCCCGUUUGUUUAGGAGUUAUACAGUAAUAGUCUGAGUGAAAGUAUUAUAAUAAUUACGACUAGUUUGAUGUUGGAUAGGAAAUAUGUUCCUCGUUGCUAAUAAAAAAAUCAAUUUUCGCAAGGCUUUUAAUUUUUUCAAAAAUAUAAAUUUUGGCGCUCUUACAUAAUUUGUACUUUAGGAUGUUUAUAAAUUCUGAUAAAAACAGAGUUUUAUCAGAACAUUCUUAGCAUACUUUUCAUUAUCGAUUUACAAAAAAAAUUAAAAUAAUAAUUUGGUGUCAUGUUUGAAGUAAUUAUCGAUUACAAACAUACUUGGUAGACCUACUUUUCCUAUUUUACAUUAAUAUUUCACUUUGCUAGUUAAAUAAUCUAUAAAUUAAAGUACUGAAACUAACGAUUUCAUAAAUCAAAUAACAAAAUUCCCUAACUCCCUAAAUCAAAUCUCACUCAAUUACUUGGACAAAGCUUUCCGUUUCGAAGCUCCUAGGAGCAAUUGAAACACGAAAUGCGUUAUUUUUUCGUAAGUCGUAAACAUCAACGCCGUAGCAAACACGGUUUGCCACAAUUUAGAUUCCAGUCCCUUGAACAAAGCGCCGGGACCGUCUUUCUUCAACAACAUCAACAACAGCGCCGCUGUACUUAAUCUAGGCCCUUUCAUGAGCCUCUGCCUCGUUUGAGCAACUUGCAACGGGUAAGUCAGAACUGUCGCUACAGUCUUCGAGAUAGCCCCUAGAAGGAAGAACGCAGUGGCAGUUUUCACGUUGACUCUUCUCUUCAAAGCUUCGUAUAUCGUAAAGUGAAUGGCUGGAUUCGAUACUAGAAGUAACGAAGGCAUUACGCCGUUCCAAAGCGUCGAAAUUCCUUCUGUUGUUGCUAUAUGCACCAAGCCAUCGAGUAAACCCGUGAAUUGCAAGUCCUCGUCUUUUCGUUUCAGCCUGUUAUUGACCACCCAUAAGGGAUUUGUUGUGAGGACAUUCACGACACCUAGCAUUCAAAAUUAAUCGCGUAAUUGGAAAAAUUGUAGUAAAGUGUAAUAGUUUAAGGGUUAAUAAAAAUGCAGCAAUAAACUAAAAUUAAUUAGUUUCAGUAAUAUAAAAAAACUAACAUGUUUGUUACAGGUCUAUAUCGAUACACGGUACUUAACCUUUUGACUUGUUUAUCAAAAAACGAUAUAAACUAAGUAGAAUACAAAAAAAGUGGUGUAAGCAGCACUUUUAAUUACGUAUAAUUAUUGUUUUAAUUAAUAGAAAAACGACUUACCAGCGAAAAUACUUAAUAGCAGAUCUGUUCGAGAACUAAUCAUUUCCUUGGGAAUCAACGAUUUGAACCCGUGGAAUGUGUAGAAAUAUACGAAAGUUGACACCCCUAAAGUUUGAACUACCGGACUGAUACCCCGGUACAGAGAUUC